AUGGAAUAUGAACUGGUGGGUUCUCAGAGAUUCAACCGUCCAACUAACGAAGCGGUUCAAACAAUGUACAAUGAAUUAAAAAAAUGCUAUGAUACGUUAACGGUUUUGACACAAGGCAUUCAUGCAUUAUCAGAUGAUACAAACAGAUUAAGUACCGAAUCACUACGUACGAAUAAUCUAAUACAAGGGGUUCUAAAUGAAUUAAACCAAAUUAAACUAUCCAUUAACGAAAAAGAUUUGUAUUCAGCUGGAAUGGCAUCGAAUCAAGGGAUGCUACAACAAGAAUUGUCAAGCAUCAAACAAAAAGUAGAAGAAGCUGAGUUCGUUUCCUGUGAUGGUACAUUAAUAUGGAAAGUAACGAAUGUGUCUGAUAAAAUUGCAGACGCACAGUCCGAAAGACAAACAUCCAUUUAUUCGCCUCCCUUCUACUCCUCACCAACCGGGUACAAGAUGCGAGCACGGUUAUAUCUCUGUGGAGAUGGAAACGCUCGUCGUACGCACAUGUCAGUAUUUUUUGUGCUCAUGCGAGGCGAUUAUGAUCCUAUACUCAAAUGGCCUUUCAAUCACAAGGUCACCUUCUCUUUAGUUGAUCAAUCAGGUCAGAAUCGACACGUGAUCGACUCAUUUCGACCAGAUGUCAAGUCAAACAGUUUCCAGAGACCGCGCUCAGAGAUGAAUAUCGCCAGUGGGAUCCCCAAGUUCUUUCCUUUACCCAUGUUUCAACAAGAUGGCAACAACUAUGUUCGAGACGAUAUAAUGUUCAUUAAAGUGAUUGUUGACUUUGCUGAUUUGCCAAAAAUGAUAUUACCUUAUGCACUUAACUUAAAUCCGGGUCUGCCAUUGCAAGUUCAACAACAUUGUAUUAACCAAGAAAUUCAAAAACGGCAACAAGCCCCUACAAUGCCUGCAGCUGUCCCGCCGCCAACAACAACCUCAGGCAACUGA